AUGGCGUUGCUGGAUGUUGGACCUUUUCUAGAGGGUGUCUCUAAUCUUCAAGGAAAACUCGAAGCUACGAUGACAAAAAAUAGACUACUACUUGAGGCUGUAGAGAGCUCACAAUCGAAAUACACAGAUAUCGAUAAAGUGUACCCUCUUCUCCAAAGCUUAAAGGGAAGACUUGUGGCAUCACAGGCUCCGAACGAAUCUUUGUCGACAGAGCUCGUAAAAUUCAAAUUAGAAAUGGAAUCAUUUGUAGAUGAAGUAUUUAAUAGUCAUGAUAGCUUGAGUAAAAUAAGAAGGAAUUCCCUGCUUCAUGCGAAAGAACUAGAAGGUGAUCGAGAUAAACUUUGGUAUGAGAAAGGAGAAUUGGCAGCGGAGCGGAGGAGGUUGGAUUUAGAGCGCGAAGAAUUGAAUGCCCUGCGCACGGUGAUGAAGAAAACCCCUCUGGAUAAAGAAAAAGCAACGUUAAAAGUUAACGAAGGUACUAAUCAUUCAGGUCUACAGGGUACUGUGGACCAUAAAGAACAAGAAGAAGAAAAUAAUGAAAACAGUUCCUUAAAGACUUCACUAAUUGGUAAGUGUGGCUAUAAAUAUUUAUAAACUUGAAACUACAGUAUCACUUUAAUUUGGUAGUUCGGAUAGUGAUUACAUUAAUUUUGGCAUGAUUUGGUGUCAUAGCUAAACAGCUGCAUCCUAGCUGUGUCCUUAUAGAGAAACACUUUCUACAAAACGUAUUUUCCUCGAAGGAUGAACGGGCUCGGUAGGGGAGAGAGGAAUGGAAAGAGAAGAUGUAAGGAACAUUAGCUGUCAAAUGGAAUCGCUUACGGUUGUGAGAUUUUGUACCACGUUUUUGGCGAGCUCUUUCAUGACAGGUUCAUAACCUACACUACUAUUUCACUCCUGACUUGCCCCCAGUCGUUUGUCACAACCCGGCCUCUCCCUAGAGAGUAGUGGCGUACGGGCUGUGAUGGGAAGGAGGAAAGUGAGGGACAGAAAACCCCUGCUUCCGCCGUGCGCGUUAUGCGAAGACGAGUAAGGACGAGUCAGCUUAAGAAGUCUUGGUUAGCUCCGCUAACCUGGGGCUUUCCCACAAAAAAUGUCGGCGGAGGACUAAAGAAGAAAUCUAUCACUAGGAAGCUGCGGGCAACGGGACAUUGUUCUAAGAUCCUUGAGGCGAGAUGUACUAUCGGGAAAACUAAAAAAAAAAAAAAGAACACCAAAAAACGGAAAUGGCAAACUGAGAACUGCGGUUUUCGUCGGAUUUUUUUUUGCCCUUGGUUAGAAAAGGAGCCAUGGAAAAGUGCCGUUAAAUGAUUAUAGGGUAGGUUCCUUGGACCUUCCCACGAUGCGCAAAGUUAUGCGCAGUGGCGAAAGGAGGCAACUGUUGUCGUUGUCAUCGUAACUCUUGCAGCCUCUGGUGUGUUGGUUGUUAGAAUUGAUUUCAUUUUGUAAUGUUUAUUUAUAGGAUCCUGUGAUGCAAAAUGUCCGACAGAACAUGAAACAAGUUUAGAUUAUGGAGAAAGAAAUAAUGGUAAAGAACAAGAGUGCGUUACUGUGGUUACUGUGACUCAUGUUGAGUGCCAAACGGAACCUGGAUCCUGUGAUGCUGAAAGUCAGACAGAACAUGGGACAAGUUUAGAAAGUUAUCGAGAUAGAAAUUAUGAAAAAGAACGGGAGUCCGUUGCUGUGACUCAUGUUGAAUGCCAAACGAAACCUAUUGGAAAUUUACGGGUAGCUGAUCAUGAAUCGCAGAUUAAGAAAGAGGAAGAGAGUAUUGAAAAGUGUCAUAAGGUGAGACUAAAUUUGAUACAUCGAAAGAACCUCAAAAGACAAGUAGCUGGCAAUAUCACUCUUUAACAGGCCAGGUAAAUUUCUUUGAAAGGCGAAACGUCAGUCUUAAAAGCCAGUUAUGUUCUCAGCAAAUAAAACACGAGUCAUCUAACCCAAGAAUUAAAUCUAAGUCAUUUAUAUAUUUCCAUAGCGUGCACCGUAAGUUUUAGGGAGUUAUUAUAGCUUCAAAAAUGGAGUAAAAAUUUUAGGAACAGGAUAACCCCUUUUUGGGGGUUAUUUUAACUCCUAAUUUAACUCCGAAUUUGGGGUCAUAUUUACACCUGAAAAAGAGUUCUUUUUACUCCCAGUCUGGAGUUAAAAUAACUCCGAAAUGGGGUUAGUUUUACUCCUUACAUGGGUUGUUUUUGCUCUUUUUGGAGUUAAUUUAACUCUGAAAGUGGAGUAAAAAUUUUAGGUACAGGAUAACUCCUUUUUUGGGGUAUUUUAACUUCUCAAUAUCUGAGGUCACUUUUACGCCUGAAAAAGAGUUCUUUAAACUCCUUUUUGGAGUUAAAAUAACUCGCCAAAAAAUAACUCCACUGUAAGGAGUUAAAUUAGCCCCACUAGAGGAGUUAUUAUAACUCCUUGAAAAUUACUGUGUGGAUACUUUUACGUCCCAUUUGAGUUCAGUGAUGAAUGAAGGAUGAGGAAAAAGCUAUUUUCAAACAUUUGUUUCUCAAGUCAUUUCGAGAGAUUGAUGAUGAUGAACACACAAUGGUCACCAGGCAUCGUCUGUUGUCAAGCAGAUCACACGUAAGUUGUUUCAGGACAGGAGUCUCUGGACCACGACAUCGAGUUUUCUCUGCUCCAGUAUCAAGAGCAAGGGCCAAACUUCUGGCAAAACAGGAACACGCUCUGAAAAAUUAUAAGGUAAUUGUUGAUAUCUAAAUUUAAAAGAAACGCCUCAGACGUUUGACCGGAGUAAUGCCGUGGAUAAAAUCUAGAAAAACUUUGUAUAGACAUGGAGGAAUGGUCAAAAAUCUAAUAUCGAUGACGAUGCUUUUUAGACACCGUUAACACGGGUUCUGACAAAUUUCUGAAUGGACAAAUUUUACACCUGUGCGACUCGUUGACACGGAACCGUGAAAAUUCUGUAAAAGACUGCAGUGUUGUUUGUUGUCCUGUGUAAACGAAAGGCGGAUCCGUGCAAGUUUCUUUGUCCGUUGAAAAAUUUGUCCCGGCCCUUGUUUACGGGGUCUUGAUCAGAUUAGUUAACUAGCGGCACUGCAAAAAUAAUUUUGUGUGUCUGUCAACUUUAUAGGCCCUCGUAGAUGAGCUUUGCAGGACGCAGGAAGAGAAUCAAUCUCUCAAGCUCGAAAGCAGUACACUGGCAAAGAGAGCUAAUGAAAUAUAUUCUGAGCUGUUUCACAUUAAGGUAAAUUGUCUUAUACAUUGACUGCAUUUUUUUUCCACUGCCAGAAUUAAGAGUCUUUUUACUUGUGGAGAAGGGUGAAAGGAGGAAAAUAGGAGAUCUGUGCUCGUAACAGGGUAUCGUGCAGGUUAGCACGCUUCGCGCGCGCAAGACUCUUACGUCACGCUUUACAGAUUUCUUUUCUGAUUUUGAGACAAAAACCGACUGUUUUGCAAUCUAGCGACAGGGCACCUUAAGUUAUAGAGCACAGCCUUGGCUUUGUCCUCCUCUAGGCAGUAAGCUUGCUUUUCCCUCCUUUGCUGACGCAGUAUCUUUUUUCUGCUUGUGCAGUCCAACCUGACCAGCAAGUGAUUCGAAGUUGCAGCCAAUAAAAAUCACACAAGUUUUCGGGAUGGGCACGGGAUACUGGAAACUUAAAACACAAGGCAAUUUUUGAAAAGAAAACUACGAAAGGAAUGCGCUACCGAAUUUAUGACGCUAGAUGACUACGUCAUCCCGCGUCAUUAAUGUAGACGUAGAUGUUACCGCAAACCGUGCCACAAAGCGCCUAAAACUUAACAUCAAAGGAGGUUUUUGAAAGAGUGCGACAUGAAUUUUCGUUUGGAACAUUCCUAUUGGGAAAUCAGGGUAACCUUUUCAGAAGUUCCAUUGCUCCUGAAAAGUUUCCUCUGUAACGACCCGAAAAGUGGUGUUUCAUGCAACAACUCCCUGUGUCUCUGCCUAUAGAAGCGACUAACAGUAAGCAUAGCUGACAGAGAUGAACUGCAAACGAAACUACGGAAGUGUAAAGAACAGGUAUGGUUGAUUAUAAGCGUUUAUACACUUUCAAAUAUUAACAACUGUUUCUUUUUCGGAUAAAUUUAGGUUUCUGGGAAUUUGCCCACCUACCCCGCCCCUAAGCCAACAUUUUGCCCUGAGUGACAAGUAAGUGAUAAUGUUGGUUUAGGGGAGGGGUAGGUGGGCAAUUUCCCAGAAACCUGAAUUGAUCCUCUUUUUCAUAUUGCAGUCUAUCUAAUAAGCCCCUCCUCUCUCUUAAUACACCCCUUUCCAAUGAGUAUUCUACCGCCCCUUCUUAUAGAUUAUUUUCACUGUCACGCAACAAAAAAAUAAAUUGGAAACCGCCUUGUGGAAGAAACCACGAAAAUGAAAUGUUAUAAAAGACUAAUAUAAGUCCGUCUGCGAAACAGGGCCGAAAUCCUUGUUCUGGCCCCCACGAGGAUUUCAGUACGCGCCAUGAUUGUCCUGUUGAAAAAGCCAUUAUCGAUUUACCAAUCAAGAUGAAAGGAAAUUCGAAAUGAUAUUCCGGUAAUUCGUUGAGUUCGUUGGGGGCCGAAAACAUGGAUAUUGGCGCCGCUUUGAAGACGUUUCUAGUUCAUGCUAGUUAGAUUAGGUCUGCGACGCAGGCUGUGCUUUACGAAGAAUAUGUAUCCAGUGUAGGAUCCAGGGGAGGGGUCCGGGGGGCAGCCCCCCCCCUCCUAUUUUUAGACCAAACUGAGGCCCGAAGCAUCGACAAAAAAUUUUUUUGGAGACCGAGCCCCCCUAUCUAAGGGUCUGGAUGACCGCCCCCCCCCCCGCCCCCCCCUCUUAUCUGAAGGUCUAGAUACACUACUGGUACCGCAGCAUAUUUCACAUUCAAUUUUCAGUAGCUUUUGAUUGUUGGGCUCCUCUCUUGUUUUCCUAUGAAACCGGACGACAGCUGUAUAAUAAUCCACCGGCCGUUUCUAACAAUCCCCCCUCAAAAAUGGUUGGAAAAUAUAAUUCCCUUCCACCCCACGGGGUCGAGACUUACCAAAGAGUUUGCAGCACUUUUGAGAAUUAUCACCCUCAGGACAAGCAGGCAAAUAGUAAUGUAUCAAGCAUGAGACGCAGUGUUUCAUCACCAGUUCUCAAACUCAUUAAUAAUUCAUUAAGAAAAUACAAAGGAAAUUAAUGUUUAAUGAGUGUUUGGAAAUCGGAUGAAACACUGCUUAGUAUUUGCAUCCUUAAUUUCUCCUUCAAAAAUGAUUUUGUUUGAGAAGAAAUAUCAAACAUUCGACACAGUGUUUCAUCACCAGAUGAAACACCUCGAAGUUCGUCAAAAAUACUCCGCUGCGCGUCGUAUUUUCAACUCUCUUCUCGGUGUUUCAUCUGGUGAUGAAACACUGCAUCUCAUGUUUGAUAUAUUACGUGAAAAACUGAGAAGAGAGUCGAAAAUACGAGGCGCAGCGGAGUAGUUUUGAGGAACUUCGAGGUGUUUCAUCUGGUGAUGAAACACUGCGUCUCAUGCUUGAUAUUACUUUUCAGACAAAAUGAUUUUAGAAGGAGAAAUUCAGGAUGCAAAAAUGAGCAGUUUUUCACCUGAUUUGCAAACACUCAUUAAACAUCAAUUUCCUUUGUAUUUUCUUUACGAAUUAUUAAUGACUUUGGGAAAGUAAAAAGAAAAAGUCGUUGUAUUCGACAACUCAAUCAGUGGAAAAUUAGUUAUUUCAAGAGCAGUACACCAUUACCCACCCUCUCUUGAAUUGUUUGCAUUUGACUUCAGAUUCAAAGACUGGAAGACACAUUGAGGAAACAAGCUUGUGGUUUAGUUCACAAUAAAAAACAGCAACGGCAGGAUGAAGAAGAAAUCAGGUGGAGUCAGGUAUGUAAAGAAGUCAGAGAUGGCCUUCACGGCUACAUCUGGACGACAUUUCGUUUUGCUGGGUUUGUAUUUGAUGCUCAGCCCUGGCGGAACAAAAAUUCAUUAUGCAAGCGUUUCUUGACUUCAGAAUUGCUUUGUGUUGCCUUGAAGUAG